UACCUUCAGCUGCAUCAGGCUGAUGACUUGCUGUUUUGCUAUCGGUGGCUGCUGCUGGAGUUGAAGCGAGAGUUUGCAUUUGACGAUGCUCUACACAUGCUGGAGGUUUUGUGGAGUUCUCUUCCUCCAGAUCCACCUGCAGACUCUCUUCCACUCUAUGAGGUUUUAUUUAAUCCCGUUCAAGAACCAGAGGUCCCACUGCCACCACCAACACCAAGACAGAACCAUUAUGCCAAUGUAUGUGCCCUAAGACGUCAGAGGUCAUGUGUUUCAAACCGAAGUGCUGAGUGCCUUGCUGCCAUACUUAGUAGAAGGGCGGCUAGUGUUGACUGUGAUGGUGCAGAUGGUAGUGCAGGUGGGAAGAGACUAAGUCGAACAUGGUCUCAGCCCAUUGACACAUCUCACCUACGAACAAGAAUACCUAGUGGCGAGGCAGGCAUUAAUGUGAUAGAAUCAGAGAGGAAAACACAUCUCCAGAAGAUAGUCCCACUAGGAAUGUUAGAAAAAUUAGAAAUCUAAGAGAGUUCCAGCUUCUGACAAAAAAUAGAGACUCAGAUACCGAGAGUAAUCCUGGCUCACCGAGCAAGGAUUCCAA